UUGUCUAUUCGGCCCUAGGUUUUGGAGGUGCUUGGAGCUUGCACUAAAAUUCGCAGUGCAUUGCUAUCGAAAAAAAGCUAGAAAUUCUUUUCAAAAAAAUAUCAUAAAAUUUUUAAUCACUACUAAAUUGCAUUUUCAACACGAUAAAACGUAAAAAAAAAAUUAAAAAUUAAAAAAAUUGUGAGCAAAAAUUUAAACCACGAAAAUUACGAGGAAAAAAAUACACAAGUACAUCUCAACGAGUCAACAAUAUCCAUUGAAUGCAAUUUUUAAUUGCAUCAUUGACAAAGAACGUAUUGUGGAGCGAAAAAAGAUAGAAUUGAGUGAAAGUGAUUUGGCUACUUUUCUGCAAAGAAGAUUUUUUUUUAUUUCAAAAAACAGUGCAACAAUCGAUCGAAACUCGUUGAACGAGGAUUUUUUUGAUAAUUUUUUUUAAAUAUUUUUCUUUGCGCUCGAUUUGAUUUUCUUAAUAUUCGAAAUACGCGCGCGGAAAUACAGUGUGUGUUUUUUGGAAGGAAAAAUCAACGUGAAUGAGUGCCACUGCACACAAGACACACUGGUUGGUGGAAAUUUAUUGGCAACAAUCAAUGUGACGCCAAUAUUAUUUAUUGGAAACUAAUUUCUAAUUCAACGGAAAAUGAGUGAAUGAUUUCCAUUCUCGGACACAAUACAAAAAUCAAAGGAACAUUCAAUUACUACCUUUUUUCAAGUUAUUUUUUUUUCUUUUUUUUUUCCUAAAAGAUCGUUGUGUUUAUAAUCAAAAAAGCAAAACAAAAAUGGUCUAAAAUUGAGUGAAAAUCGAACUGAAUUAAAUAACGAUCGGAAAACUUUGGAAGCAAAAUUAAAUGUUUUGAAAUUGAGUUAGAAAAAAGUGCAUCUUUGGACAUUAAAAAAAACAUUUUCGGAUUUUUGACAAAAGGCAUCAAAAAGGAUAAUAUUUUUCCGAGCAGAUCGUUCAUUUGGAAAGAGUUAAAUAAUUGUUUUAGCUCUCGUUGAGAGUUUUAUUUUCACACGGAAGCACAUUAAAAUCAUCAAUCAACGUUUCAUUUGAAAAUCAGUACGCAUUUGAAAAGUUUGACAAUAUGGAUCCCCAACAGCAGUUUUGUCUUAAAUGGAAUAGUUAUUCGUCAAAUUUGGCGAUGACUUUCUCAAAUCUAUUUAAAUCAGAUCUAUUGGCUGAUGUUACGCUUUAUUGUGGCGGUACCGUUUUCAGAGCACACAAACUCAUCUUGGCCGCAUGUUCGAAGAAUUUUGCAGACUUAUUUGAAUCGGCACCACCAAGUUCAUCGUGUGUUGUUAUUUUAGAAGCAACAUCAGCUGAAAAUAUGUCAGCGCUACUUGAAUUUAUGUACAAGGGUGAGGUGCACGUUUCACAAGAGGCACUGAACAGCUUCUUGAAAGCCGCUGAAAAUCUUCAGGUUAAAGGCUUGUCAACUGAACAUGGACGUUUGGCUGCAGAACAAUCACAAGAACAAGAACGAAGACACCAAAGAAACAGUACGUCGGCAACAUCACCAUCGGCAUUACCAUUGAAUACAUUGAAACAAGAAUGUGAUUCGUUAAUGAAUCCAAGCAGUUCGGGAUUGAGCGGCGGUUUCGCACCAUACAUACCACAAAUGUAUCGGCCGUUCGAUGCAACACGCAAACGCGGUCAACGUAGCCCAUUCAGUGAACCAGAACGACAGAGUGUAUUACGUGACGGAUCACGGGGAAGUGCUGAAAAUGCUGGCUCUAACAAACGGAACCGACCAUCAAGCAGUGCUUCAUCAACGGCUCCAACGGAAGCAGACACUUUACAAAAUGAACGCGCAUCACCUCAAUCCAGCAGAAAUGAUAAUCAUAGCCCCCCAAGUACAACAGCACGAAAUGGAUCAACGGACAACCAAGACGAACGAAAUGGAUCGAAAAGCGGACAAGAUCAGGAUGACGACAUAAAGAAGGAAGGCGACGCUGGCGCCGAAGAUCUACGAAUUAAAUUGGAAGCUGACUAUUCUCCGCAACCGCCAACAUCAAAUACGACACCAUCAACACCGACAUCAUUGGUGAGUUACAUGGAAACCCGAAGCGACGGUUUGCCACCAAGUUUGGCGCAAAUUGCACCGGCCGAUAUGCUCAAUGUAUGGAAUCAGACAAAGUUAAGCAGCAAAAGUGGAACAGUUCAAACAGCCGAUGGAAAAAAAUUGAAGUGCCUAUACUGUGACCGAUUGUACGGCUACGAAACCAAUUUACGUGCACAUAUUCGACAACGUCAUCAAGGUAUACGUGUACCAUGCCCGUACUGUUCAAGAACAUUUACGCGAAAUAACACGGUCCGACGGCAUAUAGCACGUGAGCACAAACACGAAAUUGCCAUACACCAACAAAUGCAAUCGACUCAACCAAAUCAUGCCGCUUAAACACGCACACACACAAAAUGUGACCGAAAUGAGAUCCAAACGAAAAUUUAAAACAUCUUCACCGCGUCUAUCCCCAUAUUGAAAAAGUCUGAACCGAUCAGAAGCAAUCAUUAAAACAAAAUCACAUUUAUCUUAACAAUUCAAAAUGGAGAACGAGAAGCAAUAUGUGAAUUCCCAGUGACAGAGACCCGAAUUUUCUUAUACAUUCGCUAGUCGAACAAAACAAAAAGAAGACGGAAAUUUCAUAUGUCAUGCAAAGUUUCGCUGAAAGAGGUGAAUAUGAUUUGAGAAAUAUUCACACAUGAGGAAAAACAACGGAGAAGAAUAGCGUUUGGAACGACAUUUUUGGCAAAGAAAUGAUUUUGAUUGAAACGAAACCGAGACGAGGAAAAAAAGAGAAAGAUUACUUAGGUAAAAGUGUAAAAACAAAACCGUACCACUUUAGAGAAUAUUGUUCUAUCGAUGGUCCAUUGAUUGGACACCCAAAAUGAAAAGAUAAAACAAAAAAUGUGUGUAAACAAUGAAAUGUUGACGAGAAAAUAUUGAAAUACAUGAAUAAAAAUGAAAUGAAAAACUCGUAAAACGAUACAACAAAUAAAUUAGCUGUUAUGAAUAUGAAUGAAGAAAAAAAGUUGAAGGAAAACCGAUAGAAGCGACGGAAACAAAGUUACCGAUAUAAUAAAAAAAAACAAGCUGAAAAGCCACAGGAUGGAAUAAAAUGCUUAAGAAUUUCAAGUGAA